UGAGAAUGCAUUUGGUGUGGAAUAUUGGUUUAGUCAGUGUUACUGCAGCAUUUAUAACAGCUUUUGAUAUAGACAUGAGUGUGUUACCCAUGCAAGAAACGCUGACCGUCAAACUUAGUAGUUUAUUUGUAAAGGCAAAACGUUUUUUGGAAGAGAGCGACCCGAUUAUAAAAAAUGACGUACACUUUUCGUCACUAGGAUUUCCUGUCACGAUUGAAUCUGUCAAUAUAUCGGGGUUUUCCACCCUUAAGACGGAAUUCGAAGUUAAUGAAGCAACUGGUAAACUCAAUGGCAGUAUUUUUUUCGGAAGUAUCGACUUAAAUUUAAAAAAUAUGUCAACAAAAGAACAUGGAACAGUUGUCAACUAUUUAAAUUUUAAAUACGAAGGAUUGACUUUGGAAAUUAAAGGCCGUUUUAAUGAAAAAUGUGAAAAAUUUGUCAACCUUCGAGUCAUAAUACAUUCUGGAAAUAUACUGGCGAACAGUGAACUUUACAUCAAGGAUCAACGGCUUGUAAUGCGCGGCGAUUGGGCAAACGAAAUGAAGAAUACAAAUUUGUUCUUGAAAAAACAUAUAAGUAGAAUUAGUAAGCUCGCUGCUAUCUUUAUUAAUGCCAUUUUUUGUUCGCUUUCUCAUUUGUCGGUAUGAUCUUGUAAUUUUAUAGAUCAACAAGAAAUGUACAUUUACA